AUGGGUCGUGGCUUUAAUUCUCGACUCUUGUAUCGAGUCGUUUUCUUUUCCUUCUGUCUGAUUUUCGCCUGUUUUUAUCAUGGUGGUGGUUCAGAGUAUGACAUGCGAGAUGAUAAAACAGAACCAAACAAAUUAAAAGAUGAAUUCGAAGGUAAACCCUUCAAUGUUGACGUUUCUCUCGAACAAGACGAACGCGUCUCUAACUUGGCAGAAAAUGAUAAACAAAUUGAUGGCCGCAAGGCGCGGAAGAAAACUGAUCUUUCAAAGAUGGUUAGAAAAGGUAAAAUUUGAAAAUGUGAGAAUGUUAGCACUUAUGAAGUAAUUAUUAACCCUAAUUUACUUUUAGGAACUGCGAUAAAACCCCCCCCAAAGUAAAAGAAUACAAAAGAGCCCAGUACUGCCUUUUUCAACUCCAUCGCCGUCUGAGGUAAACGUUCCACGCGAAGAAUCGACUACCAUCUCCCACUCAAGUAAGACAGAAUGGCAAAAAGAUGGCAACAAAAAUAUAUCUUCAAUGGAAAAUCAAAUAUUUCACCAGAAUUACUUCAGAGAAACAGCCAAAAGAGAAACGUUCGCUUCAAACACAACUCGACAUCUCCGGAAUAGACGUGAAAUUGAUGCGAUCUUGGAAAGUCCGACCGAAUGCGCCAAUUUUACCUUUACUAUAAAGUAUGAAGAUAAUUACAGAGUAUGGAAUAACUUUUCAAUGAUGUACCGAAGCAGAAUGUACCGUUAUAACGAGUACAGAGUAACGGACGAUGGUCUACAAGUUUGUAAUUCUUCUGACACCCUUAUUAAACAAAGAUGGCGGGAUUUGAUUGCUCGGGAAAAGGAAGUGUUGGCUUUCAAAUAUUGUAAUGUAUCCGUGGACGCGUUUUACUACUCCAAUUACACAUUAUACAGAAAUUUUACAGUUUUCUUCAAACCUACUCAACAGAGUUUCACAAGGCAAGAUUACGGAGUGACUUUUGGAUAUUUUGCAAUUUGUUCGGCAAAGUCUGUCCUGCAAUGAUUAUUUGGUUAAAGUGAAAUACGGCGAUCAGUACAACGUUUUGCAAAACUUUUCGCUGUUUUAUAACAACAAUACGUACGAUUAUCGCGAAUAUCAAUUCGGAAGCGAAGCUCUUGAAAUAUGUGAUUCCAAUGAUUCAAGAACUCGGACCAUUUGGAGAACUCGAAAUUCGUGGGAAAAAAUUAAUCGGUAUAAAUGCCACGGAUCUGUUAAAAAAAUAUAUGCAAGGUACUACAGUGUGACUAAGCAGUUCACUGUUUAUCUCGCACCUAGCACUCAAUAUUUCACAAGAAAUGACUAUGGGCUGCAAGACGGAAGACUUACUUUAUGCGAAGAAAAGUUGAGACCAACAUCAACAGAGUAUACCAAGGAAGAUCUGUUAAUGUGCAACGAUUCAAUCAUCAAUAUAAAAUACGAUGAUGAAUACAAAGUUCGGACUGACUUUUCAAUACUCUAUAAGAACAAGGUGUAUGAUUAUACUGAGUAUCGAGUUCUGAAUGAUGCCAUAAAGAUUUGUAACUCCACUGAUAACUACGUACGGAAUAUUUGGGAACUACGUAAUGACUGGGUAAAGGCGACAAUGCAUUUGAAAAGUUGCAAUAAACCCAAUCGUAGCUUUUCGUUGCCCCGAGAGUAUUACACUGUAAAUAAGCAGUUCACGCUCUAUUUCGUAGCUAUGAGUCAAUAUUUCACAAGAAAUGGCUAUGGGGUGAAAGACGGUAAACUUCAUAUAUGCCAAGAGAAGUUCAAACCAGUAUCAACCGAGUAUACCCAGGAAGAUCUAUUAAUGUGCAACGAUUCAAUCAUCAAUAUAAAAUACGAUGAUGAAUACAAAGUUCGAAAUGACUUUUCAAUACUCUAUAAGAACAAGGUACACGAUUAUACUGAGUAUCGAGUUCUGAAUGAUGCCAUAAAGAUUUGUAACUCCACUGAUAAAUACGUACAGAAUAUUUGGGAACUACGUAAUGACUGGGUAAAGGCGACAAUGCAUUUGAAAAGUUGCAAUAAAACCAAUCGUAGCUUUUCGUUGCCCCGACAGUAUUACACUGUAAAUAAGCAGUUCACGCUCUAUUUCGUAGCUACGAGUCAAUAUUUCACAAGAAAUGGCUAUGGGGUGGAAGACGGUAAACCUUAUAUAUGCCAAGAAAAGUUAAGACCCGCAUCAACCGAGUAUACCCAGGAAGAUCUAUUAAUGUGCAAUGAUUCAAUCAUCAAUAUAAAAUACGAUGAAGAAUACAAAGUUCGAACUGACUUCUCAAUACUCUAUAAGAACAAGGUGUACAACUAUACUGAGUAUCGAGUUCUGAAUGAUAGCAUAAAGAUUUGUAACUCCACUGAUAACUACGUAGGGAAUAUUUGGAAAGUACGCAAUAAAUGGGUAAAGGAGACAAUGCAUCAAAAAACUUGCAAUAAACCCAUCAGAACCACUUGGUUGUACCGAAAGUAUUACACUGUGAAUAAGCAGUUCACUGUCUAUUCGGGAGGUGAUGGUGGUUAUCUGACAAGAAAUGACUAUUGGGUGGAAGACGGCAGACUUACAAUAUGCAAAGAAAACUACAGACCCAUAUCAUCAGAGUAUACCCAGGAAGAUCUAUUAAUGUGCAACGAUUCAAUCAUCAAUAUAAAAUACGAUGAUGAAUACAAAGUUCGAACCGACUUUUCAAUACUCUAUAAGAACAAGGUGUACAACUAUACUGAGUAUCGAGUUCUGAAUGAUAGCAUAAGGAUUUGUAACUCCACUGAUAACUACGUAGGGAAUAUUUGGAAAGUACGCAAUAAAUGGGUAAAGAAGACAAUGCAUCAAAAAACUUGCAAUAAACCCAUCAGAACCACUUGGUUGUACCGAAAGUAUUACACUGUGAAUAAGCAGUUCACUGUCUAUUCGGGAGGUGAUGGUGGUUAUCUGACAAGAAAUGACUAUUGGGUGGAAGACGGCAGACUUACAAUAUGCAAAGAAAACUACAGACCCAUAUCAUCAGAGUAUACCCAGGAAGAUCUAUUAAUGUGCAACGAUUCAAUCAUCAAUAUAAAAUACGAUGAUGAAUACAAAGUUCGAACCGACUUUUCAAUACUCUAUAAGAACAAGGUGUACAACUAUACUGAGUAUCGAGUUCUGAAUGAUAGCAUAAGGAUUUGUAACUCCACUGAUAACUACGUAGGGAAUAUUUGGAAAGUACGCAAUAAAUGGGUAAAGAAGACAAUACAUCUAAAAACUUGCAAUGAACCCAUUAGAACCUUUUGGCCUUACCAAGAGUAUUACACUGUGAAUAAGCAGUUCACUGUCUAUCUCGCACCUACGAGUCAAUAUCUCACAAGAAAUGACUAUGGGGUAGAAGACGCUCAACUUUAUAUAUGCGAUGAAAAGUUGAGAACCAUGUCAACAGAGUAUACCCAGGAAGAUAUAUUAAUGUGCAACGAUUCAAUCAUCAGUAUAAAAUACGAUGAAGAAUACAAAGUUCGGACUGACUUUUCAACUUAG